AUGGGCAAGCUUGACGGAAAGAUUGCUCUCAUCACGGGUGGUUCUGAAGGUAUUGGUUUCGCUACUGCUCAACGGUUCCUUGCUGAAGGCGCAACUCAUCUCUUCAUUACUGGACGACGCAAAGAAGUGGUUGACGAAGCUGUGACAAAACUCGGUGGUAAAAAUGUAACCGCAAUACAAGGUGACACAUCCAAUCUGGAUGAUCUCGACAAGUUAUACAGCUUGAUUCGGAAGGAGCAAGGUCGACUGGACAUUCUUUUCGCCAAUGCAGGUGGAGGAACAUUUGCACAGCUCGGCUCGAUCACUGAAAAACAUUUUGACGAUACUUUCAACGUCAAUGUGAAAGGAGUGCUCUUCACCGUUCAAAAGGCUUUGCCAAUAUUCACCGAUGGCGGAUCGAUCAUUCUCAAUGGGUCUACGGUAUCCGUCAAAGGGGUGCCUGAUAUGAGCGUCUAUUGUGCUACGAAGGCAGCCAUUCGCUCUUUCGCGCGUUGCUGGGCGGUGGACCUGAAAGAGCGCAAAAUCCGGGUGAAUACUUUGAGUCCUGGAGCAAUCGACACGCCCGCAUUCAGAUCUCUAGGAUGCACCGAAGAAGAGAAGAAAGCAUUCAUCGCCACUACUGUAAUGAAUCGCAUUGGCGAGCCCGAUGAAAUUGCCAAAGCUGUCGUCUUUCUCGCUUCGGACGAUAGCAGUUACGUGACUGCUAUCGAACUUUUCGUCGAUGGAGGCAGAUCACAAAUUUAA